GGGCAUAGCUUGACCGCAACGAAACCCGAGUCCGGGGUCAUAACGGUAUCCGCCCCACAGCCUUACGGACCGAAUCCCUCUCUCUCCGCCGCUACCUCUAGGGCUUGAAAGUUGAAGCCAAACAGGGUUGAAGGACUUGGAACGUGGGUGCCCAAAUACCAUGAAUCACAGCGGGGGCAAAGGUUGAGCAGAAGACUACCAUGCUGUGCUGCACCGCCCUAAGAAAAUGCUGGCAUCUAUGAUUCACCACCACUGCCGCAUAUUACAGCCAACCGGUCCCCUCCAUUGCCUUUCGCCAUGUCCAGACUUUUGACAUUUCGGAAAAUUAGGAGAGUUGCAAGUUCCAUUCUUAAUAACCAGAGGAGCACCUCUUCAGAAGUAGGAAAGUGUCGGGUGGUUGUUCCAGUUGGAUUACAUUUUCCACAGUACAGAUUAUACUCGCAUUUUGUCUUCUCUAGAAGGGGGCAUGCUCCAUUCACAGGUUUUGGAACCAGGAACAGUAUUUGCAAGCAUGGAUAUUCCAAGAAUUUCUCUGCUGUCUCAGCAAGUAAUGUGGCCACACAUCAUGCCCAAGUUGCUUGGAGAAGGCUUUAUGAAAUAUUCUCUUGCAAUGGCAAAACUUUUCCCCCCUUAGGUAGGAUUGCUCAAGCUGUUAGCUUGGCCUUAAGCCGCUCUCACUUGGUGGUUCCUGGUAUGUUUGCAUUCACAUUUGGAGAGCUUGCAUUAGCUCAGAGACCAUUGGAAUACACUGAUCACUACCCAUCGAGGAAUACUCUGUAUAUGCGUGCACAAGAUGGACAUGCUUAUGUUACCUCAUUACUUUUUUCAGUAUUUGAAGGUGUUGUCUUGUUCCUGAGAGCUCUUUAUUUGGCAAUUCUGUUUUCACCCUGCAUAGUAAUGGCUCCAUUUGCGGAUUCUUUUGGUCAUCGGUUUAGGAAUCUAUGGCUUCAGGUUGUUCAUGGUACACUGGAAAAGGCAGGUCCAGCCUUCAUAAAGUGGGGCCAAUGGGCAGCUACACGACCAGAUCUCUUUGCUAGAGAUAUAUGCACCAAACUGGCAGAGCUUCACACUAAAGCUCCUGAACAUAGCUUUGCAUACACAAAAAAAACUAUUGAAAAAGCAUUUGGUCGCAAUCUUUCUGAGAUUUUUGAGGAUUUUGAGGAGUUACCUGUAGCAUCUGGAAGUAUUGCUCAGGUGCAUCGAGCUUCUCUGAAAUUUCGGUACCCUGGUCAACAAGUCAAGCCUGUUGUAGUUGCAGUAAAAGUUAGACAUCCUGGUGUUGGUGAAUCAAUUAGGAGGGAUUUUCUGAUUAUUAAUUUGGUAGCAAAAAUUUCAAAUUUCAUUCCUACAUUGAGGUGGUUGAGAUUGGAUGAAAGUGUACAACAGUUUGCAGUUUUCAUGAUGUCUCAAGUUGACCUUGCAAGGGAAGCUGCCCAUUUGAGCCGCUUUAUUUACAAUUUCCGCCGAUGGAAAGAUGUUUCUUUUCCUAAACCUGUGUAUCCACUUGUGCAUCCUGCUGUUUUGGUGGAGAGUUAUGAGCACGGUGAGAGUGUCUCACACUAUGUUGAUGAUCUUGAAGGGCAGAAACGGAUCAAAAGUGCACUUGCUCACAUUGGGACUCAUGCUCUCCUGAAGAUGCUUCUGGUGGACAACUUUAUUCAUGCCGACAUGCAUCCUGGAAAUAUCCUUGUUCGGGUAACUCAGAGCAAGUCUUCUCGGAAACGGCUCUUCAAAUCGAAGCCUCAUGUCAUUUUCCUUGAUGUAGGCAUGACUGCUGAACUUUCUAAGAGUGAUCAAGUGAAUUUGUUGGGAUUCUUUAAGGCUGUUGCUCGGCGAGAUGGCCGUACUGCUGCAGAAUGCGCACUCAGAUUAUCUAAGCAACAAAAUUGCCCAAAUCCGAAGGCCUUUAUUAAGGAAGUGGAAGAGUCAUUCAGUUUCUGGGGUACACCAGAAGGUGAUUCAGUCCAUCCUGCCGAGUGCAUGCAGCAAUUACUUGAAAAAGUUAGGCGUCAUAAAGUCAAUAUAGAUGGCAAUGUAUGCACUGUAAUGGUAACAACAUUGGUUCUUGAGGGUUGGCAGAGGAAGCUUGAUCCAGGAUACAAUGUGAUGCAAACGCUACAAACGCUGCUACUCAGAGCUGACUGGGCAAAGUCUCUUUCAUACACAAUCGAUGGGCUCAUGGCCCCAUAAGAAGACUUGGUUCGGAUGGAUAUAUCUUUCAAGCAAAUAGACCUUCAUUGUCGCGAUUGAAAUGUUAAAUAUCUGACAUUGGUACAGGAACCACACCGCUGGUCAGCUGUUUAUGAUGUCAGAGUCUGACAUGGUCAAACUUUCAAGGGUUUGUUGCAUCAGUUUGGCCUUUUUGCCUUUGUAUAAUUUACUUACACAAAUGAUCAUUUAUAACAAGCUGUAGCAACACACUAUUGCAGCAAGGCAAUAAGGGCAUCGGCUGUGGAACUUUAACGACAUGAGUAGACAUCAACCUCAGCAUCCUUUUCAACUACUCAGUUAUAAACUUAUAUGGAUUUUAAGCUACAACGCAAAAGACAUUUACCAUUUGUUCAUUGUUUUUUAUUUCCAAUUUGUCAACUAUUUCACGAGAACUACCCAGGCUUCACUCUCUUUUUUACUUUAGGGGAAUGAUACCCAAGGGCUUAACAAUAUACAUGAUGAACAUUAUACUUGGGUUGAUUAUUUAAUAUUACAGAAAUUUACAUCC